AUGCGUCUGCUUCUAUGGAAACGCAGCGGGAAGCAUGGGAAUUGUGUUCGUUGUUUGGAAAACCGGAAGUGGAGGGAGAUUCGAAACACAGCGGAAUAAACAGACGCGGAAUGUGUUUAUUAAAGUCAUGGCAUGAUGCUGAAUAUUGUAGGAUACAGACCGUCUGGACGUCCUCUGAAACUCACCAUCAGUGCCCAGAAUGGAAGUGAAGUUCGAGGUUUUGUUGUCGUCCAGCAUCAAGCGCAGGAAGCCGUGGCCCAGAUUCUGCUGGCUCGGCAGGGAAAAGGAGGGUGUUUUUCUGUUAGAUGACAAUCGGAUCAGUGAAAUACAUUUGCUUUCGGGACGGACCAAAAAGAAGACCCCAAAACUCCAGCCGCUGUUGCAGAGGGUGGUGACCAUGUCAGCGUCUCAGAAUGGCGUGUGGCUGGUGGGUCUUCUCGUCUCUGGAGAACUCUUCCUGUGGAACAAAGACAAGGAUUUGCUAAAGACGGUCUCAGCCGUUCCUGCGGUUCAUCAGCUGGUUUCUUCCAUCAAAGGUUCAUGUUCCUCGACUACACUGCGACUUUCUCUGCUGGUUUCGGAGAACGCACAGAGAGUUUUCCUGGCCGCUCUUACAGGACAGGUGUUCCUCUGGGAGUGUACGACACCUCAGGAUCUAAGCGGCCCGCGGGACGCCACCAUCACGGGACGCUGGAGUCACAUAUCAUACCAUGAAAACACUCAACUGCCCUCUGCAAAGGACAAAGAGGCUUCCGUUCAGAGUGUGUUUGUGAAGAACCAGGCAGUUGGUGACGCGUGUCUGAGCGCGUUUGUUUUCACCGCUGAAGCGAAGCUCACCGUCACCUUGCUGAAAAUCCAGUGGGACUCGACAUGGGACAACAAACUCAGUUCAGUAGGAUUCAGUGUUCAAUGGGCCUCCAAGUGUUUCCCGUUCAACCAGCUCCUGCCUCCAUGUAAACCGGUGAGGUCCAGAGGUGCUCUAGUUCCAGCGUUCUCUCCAGAUGCUCAGCUGCUAGCAGUAGUCCUGAACCAGAAGGACCCGAGGGCGACACAGGUGUUGUUCAUCAGCACUCAGAACUUUGUGACGGUGUCCAGCCUGUUAGGAGGAUGUGGCAUUAAGACACUCAAUAUUCCAGUCAAAUAUGUGAGGUCAUACUGGGUCGGUUCUGUCAGCUGGACACCAGAAGGACUUUAUCUGGCUUGUGUGCUGAAGAGAGGCUCUCUGCUCAUGCUGGCACGUCUGGGUGGACUCGUCUCUCUGUCCACAACGGGAUGCAGCAUUGAGUUCGGUGCCGCCCACUUCCUGCCUCUUCACCCACUGGUCACCUACAGACCUCCAGUGCCUUUGCAGACACAAGAUGGCGGCCUCUCCAGCUCUAGCAUGUCGCUCCGUGACCUCAUGAGACAGCGGUACUCCGUCACCUGGCAUCCUCGCCAGCCGUUUCUCAUCGUGUCUGACGGCUACAUGGUGACUGUGCUCAGGAUGACCAAACGGCCGUCUGCUGCUGCGAUCAUGAGCGCCCUCCUACUGGACGCUGCUCAAGGACUGGAGAACAUACGGGAGGUCCUGGGUUCAUCGCAGCCUCAGCUCAGGUCCAGGCUGGAAUCCAUGUCCUCUCUGACGUUCACAGGAAGUCUUCUGGCUCUUAAAGAGAAAGAAAUGCCUCUGUCGACUCUACCUCUGUACCUGCAAGAUACAGGAGACCAAUGUACUGAGAGAGCUCAGGAUGAUGAGGAAGAUCAUGACUCUGAUGAAGAUCCGUACACUUGCUCACACAUGGAAGAUGGAGGCAAGCUUGAGUUUGCGUCUAUGUUUGACACUCUUCAUGCUCAGGCACAAACAGAUCCAGAACCAGCAUCCGCAGGUCUGCAGGAGGAUCUGAACCGGGUUCACAGGAACCUGCUGAGAGCUUGGGCUUUGGCCGUUUCUCUGGGUGGGUCCAUCGAGCAGAGAGAACGUCUCCUCAAAUACACAAUCCUCUGCAUCGUUCGACUCAUAACGCUUCUCAGGGUCAGCGACUCAACCGGCAGAAAGAGUAAGAGCACAUGGGUCACACACGCCCUUCACACCCUCAGGACUCUCCUGUCCUUUCUGCCGUGGGACGCCACACACACCGCGGGCAGCAGCUGUCUGGGCGUCACAGUGGAGCUCACCAGAUGUUUCGUAGACAUGUUCGUCCCACUUUCAUCGUCAGAUUUAACACUUUCCUCCCAGAACUUCAACGCAGCUCUCUUCGUCCUUCAGCAAGCGUCUCGGAGUGUGGAUCUGACCUACAGCCUUCCGUCAAGAGCAGUGCAUCAUGGGGAGGAUGGCGAGCUAACAUAUUCCUCUGACAUGUUUUCUGUUCCAAUAUUACAAGAAAAUAUUGAGACAGGAACACAAGCAGCAAGGCAACAACCUUCUAAUAGAUUGGUGGUUAUUUGGCGUGAGCUGUACAGAUUGGCUUUGCGGUACCAGGAGGAAUUACGUCACCAAAGAGGUCAAGGGGUCGUCAAAAAUGAGUUGGAGAAGAUGUCAGUUAUUAUACCUCAAGUCCAGCAAGCUUUACAGUCUGCCGGAGAUCAUCUUGAGGAGAGCCACACGUUGCACAGUUUCACCGGUGAACGGCACUUUAUUUUAGGUGAAUAUGUGGAGAGUGUUCAGGUUUGGAGGGCUGAAUUGUGUGCAGAGAGAGAGAGAGCAGGUCCAAUGACGUGUUACCUGGAGACACGCUACUGUCUGGCUCUUCUCUACGCGCAGCUGUUUCAGUAUCGUCUGCGAGAGGCUCAAGGUCUCUGUGACCGUCUGGCACGUCAACUACAGCUGCAUGCAGGACGAGAGGAAGAGGAAAUACCAGGAGGGGCUGAUGAGGCCGUGUUUGAGUCCUGGCUCUCGGGACCGGUGGGGCGUGAAGCGGCCUGUGCAGUGGUUCAGUCUCUGGGCAGGUUUAUGGCUGCGUACUUCACCAACCGCCCGCUCUGCAUCCUCCCGCCACACAAUGUGGACGUGCUGCCGCCUCUUCACUUACCACACAACGCAGGUGGGCGUGUGGUGGAGUUGUCUCAGGCUCGUGCAGCAGCGUCGGUCCGCUGCGAGCAGCUGUCGGAGGUGUGGACGGUGGAUUAUGCUCUAGAGCUCCUCCUGCUGGGCGGGCUGCUCCCUGAGGCCGCGUGGAUGGCUCAGCGUCUGGGCGACUGGAAGAUGGCGGCCACCCUCGGCCUGGCGUACACAAACUACUGCAGUGGCCAUUUAGACUUGAGCAGCCUGCAGUGGAGAGAGCUGCACCUUCCCACCAAGCUGAAGCCUGCGGUGAUGUUCCAGGAUCAGCUGGAGAUGUUACUGAGCCGAAUGGUUGGGUCUGAAGGAGAUGGUAACAAAGACUCAUUUGAAGACGUGGAUCUGCUUCAAGUCUCUGUGCAGGAGAUCCUGAAGGCGUCCGUCAUGGCGGAGGUGGAUGUCAUCUCUCAGCCUCUAACACGACUGGUGACCGCAGCCAAAGAGCGAGCGACAUCACUUCCUGCUUUGGUUCCCCCUGCGUUCUACCUGCCUGCUCCUCCUCUGUACUGUCCACAGCCUUCACCAAACACACAGGACUCCAUGAAAGAUGCAGCUCUGGUUCUGGAGACGGAGUCUCGUUGUCAGGUUUCUGGGCUGGUUCAGAAGGUUCUGAUGAUCUUCAGGGCGGCACACAGCUCUCUGCCAGCUGCGCAGUGGUACAUCAGCAACCUGCAGCGCUGCAGACACUUACAGCACAAGAUCCAGAAGAAAGUGUCCGAACCCAAAGCUGAACUGAUUCCUGAUGGACUGAAAAAAUUCUUCACUCAUCGUGGGUUCUUCCAAUCAGGGCCCAGCAAAGACAUGGAUAGUGUCACCACACAAAUCAUAAUAUGUUUCCGUGAGUUGUGUGCUCUUUGCUGGAUGCUCCAUGUGAGGGACCAGCUCACCAUUUCCUGUAGACGGUACCAGACUGCAAGAACACGGGAGAGAGACACUCAGAUCAUUGACGUGAGUGUGUCAGAUCUGUGUGUUGAGGCUCUGUGUUGGGCGCGCCGCCUCCUGCCGUUCUGCCGUUUCCUGAAUGCAGAAGAAGCACUGCAGGACUUAGUGCUCAGCCUGGUGUCUGAACUGCCGCCCAGCCAUGUGACAGCAGAAACUCUAGCGAGAGUGUUUCCUGAUGAGACCGAGUCUGUUCGCGUGCCGCUGCGGGAGAAGUACACGUCACUGGUGCAGAGACUGAGACCCGUGAUGGUGCCAGACACCUCGACACCAGAUGUUCCGCCAGGCAGUGAGAGGGAGGAUGAGGGUGGCGAUACCAUGAUGAUUCUGAUCCAGGAUCAGCUGAGGCAGCGACGCUGGGAGCUUCGGCGCCUGGUAAAGUAUCUGGGUGCACCGGAGCCGUACCUGUGGGAGAGAGAGGAGGAGGAGGAUAGAGGUGGUGCUGCUUCCAUACUGAAGCGACUCUCUCUUGGGACUAGUUUGAGUGACAGCACACUGACGGACUGUGGACGCCCCCUAGUGUACAGUGAAGGAGACACGGCCGAGACGCUGUCAGAGCCUCUUUCUCUGGAGCUGCAGACCAAAUCUGCACACAGCUCCAAGACAGCAAAGAUUCAUGAUGCACCUGAGAAAUCAAAACAAGACAGAAAAGGAAACAGAUCCAGCUCAGUGGAACCCAAAGAACCAGAGUCGACCCAUAUGGGUUCUUCCGUACCCACAGUGGGAACCUGGGAAUUUGAGUUGGAGGAUGAGGAGUAUAUGCUCUUCCUAGAUUUGUUCCUCAGCUAUGUGCUGGGAAAAGACAGACUAGACGCCGAGGAGUCCGAGCUGCCUUUGCUGAGUGGUUUCUCACAACGUCUCCGUACUGGAGAGCUGCACUCGGUGACCUUUGACAUGCUGACCACUCUCAAACGCCGUCAGAAGGAUGGGAGUAAGCGAGGUGCACGUUUGCCCCUGUUCCGCGCCGGUCACUGCUUCCAAACUGUCCCCGAACCUCCACCGUCCAUCGGUCCGGUUCAGUCCGACACUCACGCGACUCUUCCUGGACUCCAUGCUGGGAAACAUCCAAGUCUUUUCGGCCUUCGUCAACACGCUAUGUCAAAAGUAAAUUCGUCCGGCUCAGAUAUUGACUCUACGGCCUUUAAGAUCCUCUCGCAGGCUGAAUUAGGUGUUCAGAUCCAGCUGGACUCCUCGCUCGAGAACCGCUUUCCUCAGCUGGCUCGGCUGCUCGAGUGGAUGAUGCGCUGGGCAGACAGGCGGGUCCUGCUCUCUCAGCCAGUCGGAAAGACGUCAGAGGGAGGAGAUUCGGUGGUCAUCAGGGUCAAAGGUUCGACCCCUGCAGUGCUGUCUGCACUGGAGCUGCUAGAGCAGAGAUACAGCGCCGCCCUUCUGGGAGAAAACACAAAUCACUCCCAUUAUAAGCAGCUCCAUGGGAAGGAGGGGCCUGAUGCUCCAGUGCUGCAGCCAAUCACAGGCUGGAGGAGGGACAGAGAAAGCAGUGUGGACACGGGCUACCCGGGGUCAGCAGGGACGCCCAUCACACUCCCCGAGCUGGACGCCCAACACAGUCAUGAUGUGUGUGAAGCCGAGGCUGUCGUGGAUCAAACAGACGAUCAGCUGUCUGAACAUGAAGACACGAUGAUCUCUGAUGAACAGAACAGCAUCACUGAGAUCAGAGGAGAGAUCAGACAGACGUCUGCAGCUGAAGACGGUGAUAGCAGUGCUGGUGAUGUCACCGAGGCAUCAUGGGCCAAUCAGAGCCGAGCUCACAGAGAUCAGACAUUAACACUGGCUGAUCUUGAGUGUCCGGACUCAGAUGAACAUUCAGUACAUUCACAAUCUCGUUUCGAGGGAAAUCACGUCUCCUGCGGAACGCACAGACCUGAGGUUUCUGCAUCAGUUAGUGUUCAGCAGACAAACGGGCCGACACCGACCAUGACACCACCGCAGUCAGAGAGACACAGCAGCGGUCAUCCACCCCAAACACAGACAGACCCCGUCAGACAGCUGCUCCAGGACGAGUUAUUCAGACUAGUGCAGCUGCAGCAGAUCAACUUCAUGAGUCUCAUGCAGGUGGUGGGCGCGUCCUUCGCAAACCUGCCGCUGUCUCAAGCCAACAUGCAUCAGUCUAAUGUGAAUUUACCACAGACCACUGCGAUACCUGCACAGCAUCAGUCUCAGCCCAUCCCUCCUACCCAGAAUGCCCAACACACUAUAUGUGAUGAUACCAACCUCCCAACACGAGCUACCAGGCCUGAAAGAGUUAAUAACAGCCAGGAUAAUAACGAACGUCCUGUGAAUGUGAACUCUGGAUCUGCUCUGAAUCCAAAUAAUGAGAUGGAAAAGAGAAACAAACCCCUCAAGACUCAGGAAAUUCAGCAUUUGACCGUUCGCUCAGACUGGCCAGAGGACGGUCAAUCUCACGGCAGGAGUUUCAUCCCGACGUCACAAGGGCUUCUGACCACAGCCAAUAGUCACUCGUCCCCGCGUGGCGUCUCUGAAGCCCAUCCGAGAGCUGCUCCGAUAACACACGGCCUCAGACUUCUACAGCUACACCCGGCUCGGAGAUCUCCUCCUCCUCCUGUCCAUCUUCCUGUGAGGGACGCCUGGGGUCCAAAUCUCACCUCAUCUCACAGCAACUUCCUCCCUAGUCAGUCUGAACCGUCAUCUGUCCGGAGAGCUGAGGAUAGAGGCAGGACACGAGCCGAAGCAUCCGUGGCUCCUCCGUCACUCCGUUAUAACACACAGAUGACGCGGGGAGCUCAGGAACCUCUCCGUUUGCCUCCUGUUCCUCCUGCUGUCGCUCUUCCUCUGCUGCGAUUUCACCCUGAUACCCAGCGACCCGUGACGUUGCCGCAUAUCCCACAAUCCACCAUGGCCAAACCCAGCCUGGGCGUCACAGCCACGGGCCACUAUCCCAGAAUUCAGCUGCUGCACAGAGAUCCUGAUCCACCCGCUGCUGAGUUGCGGUUCAGCACAGCUCCUGUACGAACGCCUCGUCUCAUCCCACUGGAGGAGCUGAUGAAAUGGACCGCAGCGAAGCAGACGGGCACCGAGACCAAACUACAGCUCUUAAAGACGGACACCGUCCUGGAGAGCAAGAGCACCACCAGCCCGUCCAGCAAGAGACGGAAGAGGAGAGAGGAGAAAAACAAGGAGGACAAGAUCGGAGUCACUUUCAGACCGGAGGACUCCAUCAUUCCUCCAGAUGAGCCUGCAGAAGAUGAGCCAGAUCAGAACGAUGCGUACGCCAUUCCUUUAGGCAGCUUCGAGUCGGAUCUGAGCGGACAGCCAUUGUUGGAUCAGGUGUACGUCACCUCGGCCGAGCUCCAUGCGUUCGCCUCCAUGCAGAAGAGACCUCCUGAGAUCCAGGACGCCUGUACGAACACUGAAGCGGAGCCGCCGUACUCCUUCACAGAUACAGCCGUUUCUGUCCAACCUCAGUCAUCUCCCAGCAUGCCGUCUGCUCCUGGAGGAGGGCUGCUUGAUGUUCCUCCAGUCGUUCCUCCAGACGUGUUCUUGAAUCUUCUCUACUCUAAAGACAAAUCAUCAGACCAGCCGGAAACCAGAAGCCUUGCAGAGUCGAACACAGAUCCUAAUCCUGAGGGACGGAGAUUUAUCAAUGUGAUCGAUUUGACAGACGACUCUCUUCUUCAGAAUCUGCCUCCAUCACCGCCAUCAUCUGCUCAGCUCCACCUACUAGCAGCUUCUGUCGUAAACCCCGCCCAUAACCCCGCCUUAAACCCCACCCCAAACAACACUGAGCACUUUACUGAGAAUCCGACUGCAGAGAUUCCAGGUCCCUCAGUAGUGUGCGUCUCUCCUGAAGCUGUGCUCGGCGGAGACCCCGUGACUCUGAGCGUGCUGAAGGCCGUUCAGACGCCUGGUUUGGAGCGGGCGUUGAUGUCCAGGAGUCAGAUCUCAGCGCGGCUCUCAGAGAUGGACGCUCAGCUGCUCAGACUGCAGAGCAUCGCCGAUCACAUGGACCGAGAGUUCGCCAACACCAGACUGCUGGUGAACACUGUUGAGUCGCUGAGCUCUGAGGAGAAGAAACCUCUCUCCAGCUCACUCAGAGUCGUACAAGAAGUGAGGAGUUACUGUCCUUCACCGCAUCGGUUUGGAAGGACGGCAGACCCACAGAGAGAAGAUGAGGAGGUUUUGUCGUCUUCUGUAUUGAGCCGAAGUUCAGUCCAUCACGAGCGCUCUCCUCCUGCAGUGAAACCAGAGCAGCGUGAGCGAGAUACCGAUCCAGGUUUGACGGAGUCUUUGCUUGAGAACCCUGGGAAACCGGCGGAAGAGACUCUGGGUGUGAGCGGCCUCAGUGACGUGAAGGACAUCUUGUGUGAGUUAAUCAGGGACGGGGCUUUAUCUCGAUCAGCGCUGGAUCUGUCUCGAUCAGGAACGCUUCACCUGAGCAGGUCAGAGGUCAAGCCGAGCGGAGCCAUGAUGGAGGAGGAGCGGAGGGAUCUGAGGAUGUGGAUGAGGAGGAAGCAGAGAGAACGACUGAUGGAAUACCGCAAACAGAGAGAAGAAAAGAGAGAGAGCGAGCGCAGACCCUUCAUCUCUCCUCUUACACACAAUCCAACCUCUGUAGAUCUGGCAACCAACAGGAAAAGCAAAGAAGAAAGAGACAGGGUGGUUCUUCAGGAGCAUCAUGAACAGAGAGCUCGUGACGCCUGCAGUCUGAUCACUGACCUGCUCACAACGCCGCUGAACCUUCCCACAAAUCCCCACGAGACUCUCAGGAGCAGAAGUCAGUCCUCUGGGAAAAAUAAGAGAAUUCCGAAGAACCACAGCGGACCACACAGACGCUCGGCUUCUUCUCUCGGAAAGACUGUUGUGCUUCAGAGGAAAUCUGCUGCAAAAGACUACGGCUCAUUGAGCGGGAGGCUCGGGCUGCACAGACCAGCCAGCGAUCUUCCGGGCGAUCGGUUAUCCCAGGUUACUCGCCGCGGGAUGCUGUCCGACCUGAGAACCAGACAAGGGACGAAGACCGUUCAUCAGAGGAUGAAAAAUGGGCUCCACACGUCUACAGCCAAACCGAGAUCAGUGAAAGAGAAAGAUCAGACACAUGUGGAGGACAGAGACGCUGUGAGUCCAGAUGACGUCCACAGGAUUCUUCUGUUGGAGGAUCAUGACAUCAGACAGGGCGAUGAAGCGUUCACAGAUCUGGAUCUGGACGCUCUUUCUCAAAGCACCGGCAGCGUUCUGAGCAAACUGGACUGGGCCGCCAUCGAGAGGAUCGUGGCGGAGGAGGAAGACGAGCAGCAGUGAAGGGAUGUUUUCCAAAAAACCCUCCUGUUCUCACUCCAGAUGUUGCGCAGCUGCAGCUGUUGACUGUGAAUGAUUGUGGUAUUUGUGUAUGUGUGUCAUUUGUGUUUUGACUGUUUAAGUAAGUUGUCAGCACAGAUUUGUGCAGAAUAAACUAGAAUCACUCGCAGGUGCGUUGUUGGUUUGCUUCCACAUCGAUUCAUUUCUGGACGUCUGACAGAACGCAGAGCUCUCCACAAACAAUGAGAUGAGCCUUCAAAUGUCUUCAACAUUUACUUUGUGUAUGUGUAAUUGGUAACACUUUACAAUAAGGUUUCAUUUGUUACCAUUAGUUAACAUGAACUAAUACUUUCAUAACAUUUAUUAAUCUCAGUUAAUGUUAAUUUCAACAUUUACUAAUACAUUUUUAACGUUAGUUAAUGCACUGUAACAUGACGAAUUGUAUUUCUAUUUACAAACAUUAACAAAGAUUAAUAAAUGCUGUGCAUUGCUCAUUGUUAGUUCAUGAUAACUAAUGUAUUAAUAAAUGAGAUCUUACUGUAAAGUGUCACAGUGUAAUAUAGUGUUGAAUUUGUCUUUUUGCAUUUCUAAGAUUUGUUUAUUUGACAAUCUUUUAAUAAAAUAAUGUGAAACUUAA